AUGACAACUAUUGAGUUCUUUUCUCUAUUUGAAAAGCUUGUAAAAAUAAUGGAAGAAGAAUUCGCGAAUAUGAAAAAAGAAGAAGAAAUAUCGACAAUGUUGACAUUAUCGAACGAUGGCGUCGUGAGAAGAGAGGGUAGCCGUCAAAUAAUUAAUAACUCCGUCGGUCAGAACGAAGAUGAAGAAGAUCCACUCAAAUUAUCACUCAGUCUAGUUCCAACCACCUUAGAGAGUUUUGAGAGAUAUGAGGCCCGAAAAAGAAAAAGACCACUACCCUUCCCAUGGACAAUUACAAAGCAAUUGUUUAAAAGCGAUGUAGAUGACUCUUCGAGGCUUCUCAUUCAAAUAAAAAAAGUGGAAACUUACAUUAUUCUUUUUCUGAACGAAACAGAGAAAAGAUCUCUUUUUGGGGAUUCGAAGGGAGUGAGGAUGAAUAUAUUUGAUGUAGAUAAAGAUGAGGAAUAUGGUUUGAAUUUGAAGAAGUGGAAGACCGGAAGCUUCAUUUUCACAACCAAUUGGCAAAAGGAUUUUGUCCGACGUCCGGAAUUGGUUCAGAAUGAUACGAUAGGAUUAUAUUUUGACGCGGGCAAUCGAAGGCUCUGUUUUGGUGUAGUCGACAAUGCUCGGGUGCCGGUGGUAGACCUGGUGGUGACUCCCGUAGUUGCAGACCCAACCACAAGUAAGCGACGCCGUCCAAACUAG